GGUGUAUAAAUAUAAUCCAUAACUUUACACAAUGUGCUACAAUAAAGCGGCAACCUACAUAUGGGAAGGAGGUGGUCCAUGUCAAUUGGUGUUUCAUCAAUGUAUUGCGUUUUCCCAUCCCAGCAAUCAAGUACGUUUAACAUUACUCAUAUUCGUAGAUGUGGCACUAUCUCAUAGUUUGUCUCUGCUUUAGGGAACCAUAGGCCCUACUCUUCACCUGCAACAGCCAUCGUUAAGCUUGAUAACUAAGCUGUCAUUUUGUCCAGUAUCAUGAUUUGCCUAAUGUUGGAGUGUUUUUUAGAGUUUUUAGACGUUUUCAAAACAGCCAUGCUAUUGUGCUUUCCUUCAUGGUGUCUAUGGCACCUGUCAUGUUUUCUUUGGAAGCGUUCAAUGAGGCCAUUGCUCUAUCGGAUCUUGAGCUCGGAUCUGUUCUUCAGGUGUACCGUGAUAUAUCAUGAAUACUGCCGUUGGCCCGUCACGUACCCACCUUCAUCACACAUGACUGUGGAAGAAACUAAGACGUUCUGUCAACAAGGUUAUCUGAGCCAGGUCAUAAAGAUACCUGGAUUCCUCAAAACACUGAUCUUGAAGAAGUAUGGGUACUUCAAGAAUCUGCUAUUUGGAGACAGGAAUGAAAUUGAGCAGAGAAGUCAAGCAAAUUCACGGGAGAAGAGAAGUCGAGCAAAUUCACGGCGGAAGAGAAGUCGAGCAAAACCACGGGAGAAGAGAAGUCGAGCAAAUGAAGUUGAGCAGAGAAGUGGAGCAAAUGAAGUGGAGCAGAGAAGUGGAGCAAAUGAAGUGGAGCAGAGAAGUGGAGCAAAUGAAGUGGAGCAGAGAAGUGGAGCAAAUCCACGGGAGCAGAGAAGUCGAGCAAAUUCACGGCGGAAGAGAAGUCGAGCAAAACUACGGGAGAAGAGAAGUGGAGCAAAUGAAGUUGAGCAGAGAAGUGGAGCAAAUGAAGUGGAGCAGAGAAGUGGAGCAAAUGAAGUGGAGCAGAGAAGUGGAGCAAAAGAAGUUGAGCAGAGAAGUGGAGCAAAUGUAGUUGAGCAGAGAAGUCGAGCAAAUGAAGUGGAGCAGAGAAGUCGAGCAAAAGAAGUUGAACAGAGAAGUGGAGCAAAUGAAGUGGAGCAGAGAAGUGGAGCAAAUGUAGUUGAGCAGAGAAGUCGAGCAAAUGAAGUGGAGCAGAGAAGUCGAGCAAAAGAAGUUGAGCAGAGAAGUGGAGCAAAUGAAGUGGAGCAGAGAAGUCGAGCAAAUGAAGUUGAGCAGAGAAGUGGAGCAAAUGAAGUUGAGCAGAGAAGUGGAGCAAAUGAAGUGGAGCAGAGAAGUGGAGCAAUUGAAGUGGAGACGAGAAGUGGAGCAAAUGAAGUUGAGCAGAGAAGUGGAGCAAAUGAAGUGGAGCAGAGAAGUGGAGCAAAUGAAGUGGAGCAGAGAAGUCGAGCAAAUCCACGGGAGCAGAGAUGUCGGGCAAAUAAAGCGGAGCAGAGAAGUCAAUUAAAUCAAUGGGAACAGAAAAGUCGAUCAAAUCAAUGGGAGCAGAAAAGUCGAUCAAAUCAAUGGGAGCAGAAAAUUCGAUCAAAUGAAAUCGAGCAGAUAACAUUCCAGUACCUACUGAACCAGCCAACUAGGGCAGCACUAGACACUCUGACGUACCGUCAAGGCUAUCCGGGAAAGGAAGACAACAUAUAUCUUUGUGAGAAUUGGCUAUUCUAUAGCAACAACAAAUGUGGGCGUAAUGGUAUGUCUAUCGAUCAGGUUCAUCACGUCUGGUAUGGAGACUACAGUUUGCUUGAGACUUGCCAUGACUUCAUUCAGUGGUUGUUUCCAAUUCGGGAAUUAUCGAUGUACAAUCAUCGGGCUCAAGAGCUUCAACUUCACGAGGCAAAGAGUAUUAUGGAGAACCCUGCUGCUAGUCAACGAGUCUUGAAGUCAUACCACAUGAUGCUUGAUUUCUGGGGCAUGAGUCUUGAGGAUGAGAAGACUGGGGUUAUUGUACGAGGAGACAACUGGGAAGAAAGGUUUAGAAAUCUCAAUAGAUCUUCACACAACUAUUUGAGGAUAACUCGUAUGCUGAAGUCUCUAGGAGAGCUUGGUUUUGAGCAUCUGAAGUUCCCAUUCUUGAGUUUCAUCCUGUGUGAAGUCUUAUUAGAAAAGACCUUGGCCAAUGCCUCGGAAAGCUGCCGCCAUUAUUGGAUCUACUUACUUCGAGAUGAAGAAGAGAGUGGAAAGAUAAGAAAAACUGCUCUGGAGUACCUUGGUUGAGCCGUAAUGUGAAAUAUUAAUGGUUGAACAGAGAUACACGGCUGGAACAAUUAUUGCUCAUGCUUAUUUAGAAGAAGUUCUUGUUCUUUUACCGACUAUAACCUCAAAGUUAUAUUUUCCCUGUGGUUAAAGGCAGUGGACACUAUUGGCAAUUACUCAAAAUAAUUAUUAGCAUAAAACCUUAUUUGGUAAGUAGU